GAUAAAUGAAGAGCGAGGUUGGGAUGGAAGGGUAGCCUAACUUUUACCAAACCCGACAAAGUUAGAAAACCCACAUGAGGGCCACAGACAGACAGAGCAUGUGAAUUCUAUAUACCAUCAGAUAGGACCAAUAGAUUGGAUUUCAUGUCUCUUCUUUACCGUGCAUCAUUAGUAACUUGUGUCCUGUUGUUUAUUGGCCAUUUCGUCUUUCUUAAUCGCCAAUUUUGUAAUUAUCCGACGCCCUGGAUCAUAUUUAUUUCAAUCAAUGAAAUAAAUAUAUGUACUCCCUAUAUCUAAUCUAUUACGGAGUAUUACCCACGAAUCUUGUGCAAUACCUAACCAGUGAUCAUUCACAUUACGGGUCACAUACAUACGAACAAUCCAUCUUUAAUUUAUUCAAAUAUAUACCUUUGAGUUAUACGUAGUACUCCCUUAGUCCAGCUAUGAUUGUCCUCUUUUACAUUUUUGGUCCGUCCCACUAAGAUUGUCUCAUACCUUAUUUAGUAAAAUUUAUGUGGUUCUAAAUCAUUCUUACUUUAUCAAUUCGAUAUCAACCACAUAAACACACUUUUAUUAAUAAUCGUGUCACCUUCUUUUGUUCCAAACUUAGGGGGACGGAGGUAGUAUAAAACAAAUAGGUGAACUAAGAUGUCAAAUUUCUAAGUAAUUGUGUCACAUUCGAAAUUAUUUAAGGGAAUCAUCACACAACCUUCUUUGUGUAAUGUCUCAUUGCAUCAUCCGAUUUGAGGAAAUGACGAAACAGAACACAUUUGUUGCAGAUGUUUCCAAAUAGGCGAGAUUCGAAUUUUUUGACAAAAAAGGGCAAAACGGAGUUGGGUACUCGGAAAAUUAAAAGUGUUGAAGAAGUGCUUUAUUUUUUUCGGAUUUAUGAACUCCGAAUUCAGAUAAGUCAGCUUUGGGUCAGCUUUCGUAGGGCGUGUUUGGAACUCAUUCUGCUUCUGCUUCUUUUUUAAAAGCAGAAGCAGAAUCAGAAUCAGUUUUCAGAAGCUGGUACCCCCAACUUCUAAAAAACUGAUUCUGAGAGUAAAUUAGAGCUCCAGAAGUGCUUCUGGAAUUUCACCCAAACACUCCAGCUUCUGCUUCGGCUCCCUGAAGAAGCAGAAUCAGUUUUGAGAAUCAGAUCCAAACACACCUUAGUUUUGGACUUGGCAACUCCGAAUCCAGAGGAUGAGAUUUCGGGCUCCGUGAUUGGGCUACAGAUCGGUUUGUUGUUAUAAAUUGACCUUCAACCUCCAUUCUCCCAUGCCUUCAACCGACCCCUUUCAACCCUCCUCUCAUCCUCUCUAUUCAAAGGUAUGUAAUGGCUGAACGAGUUGCACACCCAGGGCCUCAGGAUCGUUCGGUGUUGUUGUGCUACCGGAUGAGCAUCGUGCCGAUCGUGUGUGGCAUGAAUCAUCAUUUCGUGACGUCAAACUGAAAUGCCAGCACUAUUCGAGAGAAGCCUACGUUGAGGAGGGUCCGCGUAAUCCUAGGGUGGUACAGCUGCUGAGAGUAUCGGGGUUUCAUGGUGUGGAGAGAAUAGGACAAUUGCAGUUAGAUUGGUCUCUUGUGACUGCGUUAGUGGAGAGGUGGAGACCCGAGGUACAUGUAUUUCAUUUUCCCUUUGGUGAGGUAAGCUUGACCUUGCAGGACGUACAAGUGUUGUUGGGGUUACCUGUUGACGGCAUACCACUCACUGGUCCUACGAUUACUGAGAAGGCAGCGUUAUUGCAGAUGUGUGCAGAUAUUUCACCCUCCUGCUACUAACACCUACUAUAAAAACAACACUUCACACACUAAUUCUUACCACUCAUAUCUCUCAUUUCUAGCACUUAUAACUCUCAUUUCUUUCACUUCCUACAUAUAUAAAAAUGUCAAGUGAGCAGAACAUAAUAGUUCUCGUUCAUUGGAAUGGGGUAUUGACCAAUGUUGACAACGAAGUAAAAUACUCUUCAUUUCCGAAUGCGGUGCUUUUUUUAAACGCCGAUGUUAGCUACUCAACAUUGUGUGAGAAUGUACUUUCUCAGAUUUCUCGUGAUGGUUUAAAUGAAAUUAAAACCAUUCACGGAAAAUUUCCUUUUGAUACUAGAGAUGGUGUGUGUGCAUCUAUGCCGUGGCCCAUACAUGAUGAGCCGUCGUGGAUCUAUUUUGUCCAAAUAGCUUCGAACGUAUAUGAUCGUUUGGAGGUAUUCAUUGAUGCAACCAAUAGGGAUGUGGUUAUUCCAUUGCACGAAGGCCCUUCUAGGCGGCGGCGCAACCCGAUGCCAUCUACAUUAAAUCAAGGUCCUUCAAUGGUUCAUAUGGAAGAGGAGAGCGCUUCCAAUGGUAGUGAUGAUAGUCAUGACUCGUCUUGGGCUCUGCCACAUUCUGUGUGCCAUUUUCUAAAUUGUCGUGUUGAUUAUCUUAUUCCUGAGGUAUACAAACUGAGUUCUUACAUAAAUGCACAUUCCGGUGAUAUCAUGCCAUUUCCGAAUAUGAAUGAGUGGCCACAAAAUGAGUUCAUUCUUCUACUGCCUAAGUACUCUUCCAGAACUUCUCGAGCUGGGCGCCGUCAAGAAACAAGAUUUCCAAAUGAGAUGGAUAUGCGUCCAAGACGGAGAGGACAACAUGAUUGAUUUGUAUUUGUACUCUUAUAAUGUAAUCUUUUUUUGUACUUUGUUUUAAUGUUUUAAAA